AUGGCCGACCAAGACGCCCAACAACAUGCCCAACAAAACCACCACGAGAGCGCCAUGCCCGAUGCUGCCCCGCCGCCUGCCCCCGCCCCCGAUGCCAUGUCAGAUGCUGAUAAAAUCCGUGCAAAGCGCCUUGCAAAGCUCGGCGGCCCUCCACAGCAACCCCAACCAGCCCCCGCUGCUGCCUCGUCGGCCGCCCCGCCCCCCAAGCCCGCGCAAUCUCAGCCGCCGCCGCCGCCGCCGACGCCCCAGACCCAGCCAAACCCCUUCGCACAGCUCGGCGUCAAGACCACUGACGCGCCCAAGAAGCAAAUCACCAUCAAGCCCGCACAAUCUUCCAGCAAUGGCGCUGCCCAGAAGACGCAGGAAAUGAGCAUAGAGGCAUGGCAGGACCGCACCCUCAGCAACAUCUUCAGGAUAACGGUCGACGAGACCCACUCGCGAGACGCCCAUGGCAACUCCCUCUACCAUGUCGCCGGCGCAAAGAGUGAUCUCGAAGACGAGGGCCGCCCGCUCCGCUUCACCACAGACAUGCUGGAUUCGGUCAUAUUAGAGGCGGCCUCCAGCCACGCCCACGGCACCGCAGUCGACUAUCUCCUAAGCUGCUGGAAGCGUGUGACGAGAGUGUUGAAGACCUUGGCCAACAAGACGGGCCCGAGAUUUGACGUGGUCAAGGAAGCGCGCCGGCUGUGCUUCAGCUACUGCAUAUUCGCCUUUACCAUGCCAGACAUGUUCGGCGAAGAUGCGCCCGCAGACAAUGUCCUCGCAGACCGCUUGCUUCUUGGGCCCGACGACGAACGCGGCAUCUGCUACGAGUUCCUCACCGAGGCGAGCCAGCGCAUAGCCGAAGACGAUUCUAUCGCGGAAGCCCUCGUGGGCGCCAUGGAAGAUGUGAGCCGUCGCCUUGCCACAAUCUCCAUGAACGGAGACUACAGACAGCACAUGCUCAUCUUGCGGAUAUGCGUUCGUUUCCCCCCUCUGGUCACGGCCCUUGCCCAGUCCGACUCCUUCUUGCCCGCCGACAUUGAGCCUCAGCACAUUGAAACCCACAGCUUCCUGGGUCCCUUCUUCCGUCUCUCGCCGAUGCAGGCCGAGGUGGCCAUGAACUACUUUUCCGGAUCGGCGGCUAUUGACAAGGGCCUCAUUGCGAAUGCUCAGCGGGCGGUCCGCAUGACCCUGCAGACGCAUCAAGACGAGUUGUUUGACAUUACCAAUACCUUUAUCAAGAACAAGGAGUCUCGCGAAAAGAUGCUCAACUGGCUGGCCCUCACCGUCAACAAGAACCACAAGAGGCGUGCUUUGCAAGUCGACAGAAAGACCGUCUCCUCUGACGGCUUCAUGGUCAAUGUCACCGUCAUUCUCGAUCGCCUCUGUGAGCCUUUUAUGGACGCAACCUUUUCCAAGAUUGACCGCAUUGACAUUGACUACCUGCGGCGGUCGCCUCGUAUUGACAUACAGGAUGAGACUAAGAUCAACGCCGACCAAAAAACUUCGGACGAAUUCUACAGUACCCAGGUGCCUGGCGUCAACAACUUCAUUAGCGAGGUUUUCUUCCUAACCGUCGCUGCCCACCACUAUGGUCUCGAGGCCGCAAACUCCACGUUGAGCUCGCUGCAAAAGGACGUUAAGUGGCUGGAGAAGGAGCUGGCCAAGCUGGAGCCCGAACGACCAAAGUACAUGGCAAGCCCCGCCCAGCUUGCUGUCUUUGACAACCACAUCAAGAAGGUCAAGGACCAAAUCGAGCGAGGCAAGUGCAGCAUUCUGGCCAUUCAGGGUGUUCUGCUCGACGAGACGACACAGGCUCGGUCUAUGCAACUGAUGCGAUAUGUCAUCGUUUGGCUGCUACGUCUUGCCAACCCUGGGACUUCGUUUCCCAAGACGGAGCUGCAGCUGCCCCUUCCCAAGGAGCAGCCAGUGCAGUUCAAGUGCCUCCCAGAGUACUUUGUCGAGGACAUUGUCGGCAACUUCAAGUUCAUUACCCGUUACAUGCCUCACAUCAUCACCACCACUCAAUGCGAGGAGCUGGUCAAGAUCUGCAUUGCCUUUUUGCGAAGCUCCGAAUACAUCAAGAACCCAUACCUCAAGUCCGGACUCAUCACGAUUCUCUUCCAUGGCGUGUGGCCGAUUCCUGGGAGAUCCAAGGGUGUGCUUGGAGACACGUUGUUUGCGCACGACUUUGCCAUGAAACACCUGCUACACGCGCUCAUGAAGUUUUACAUCGAGUGCGAGAGCACAGGAACACAUACGCAGUUCUUUGACAAGUUCAACAUUCGCUACGAGAUUUUCCAAGUCAUCAAGUGCAUCUGGCCCAAUCCCAUCUAUCGCGAGCAUCUCGCCACAGAGGCCCGCGUCAACCUCGACUUCUUCGUCCAGUUUGUCAACUUGCUUCUCAACGAUGUAACGUUUGUCUUGGACGAGUCAUUUGGAGCCUUCAAGGAGAUUCACGACCUUUCACGAGAGCUCAAGAAUGCGCCAGCCGACAUGGAUCAGACUGCGCGCCAAGAGCAAGAAGAGAAGCUGUCGUCUGCACAGGGCAGAGCAAAGAGCUACAUGCAGCUGACAAAUGAGACUGUUGCCAUGUUGAAGCUCUUCACCGAGACACUCGCAGACUCGUUUACCAAGAAGGAAAUCGUCGUGCGACUGGCACACAUGCUCGACUACAACCUCGAGGCGCUCGUGGGUCCCAAGAAGUCGCAGCUCAAGGUUGAAAAUCCCGAGGAAUAUGGCUGGAAUCCUCGCAAUAUGCUUGCAGAGCUUACCGAUGUCUACCUCAACCUAGAGGGCAAGCAGUCGUUUAUUGAUGCCGUUGCAACAGACGGGCGGUCCUAUCGCCCAGAGUACUGGGAUGAGGCCUACAAGAUCCUGCAGCGCUUCAAGCUCAAGACACCCGAGCAAAUGGAGCAGUGGCAGAAGAUGGCUGUACAUAUCCAAGAGGCCAAAGACCAAGCCGACAUGAUGGAAGCCGAUCUUGGCGACAUUCCCGAGGAAUUCGAGGACCCGCUCAUGGCAUCGCUCAUGGAAGAUCCAGUCAUUCUACCCAUCAGCAAGCAGGUUGUUGAUCGAAGCACAAUCCAGUCGCAUCUUCUCAGCGACCCACACGAUCCGUUUAACCGGACGCCACUCAAGAUUGAGGACGUGAUUCCCAACGAUGAGCUGCGACAGAAGAUUCAGGACUGGAAGCAGGACCGCCUCGCCCAGAAAAUGGCUGAGCGCGCCGCCGCCGCCGCCGCUGGAGAAGCCAUGGAUACUUCAUCUUGAUAGGGGUGGAGUUUUCUUUUUUUUCUUGUACGAAGAAAUGUGAAUGAUUGACGGUAGUCAUGUUACGGCUUUUUGGUCAUUUUUGGAAGGCGUUUACCAAGGCUUGCCUGCAUGUGCUUAUAUAGACCUUGUGGCUAAGGAGGGUGGUGGGGGUUUGAGGGGGCUUCCUUCUUUAUACUUGCCGUCUGCCAGGUAGCAGCAGCAGCAUCUAUUUCAUCAUGCAUACAUGCAUGCAUGCCAGCAUGAGCUGGAAGAGGC